CUGCCAUUUGUGCUCGCCUUUGAAUCUGAGGUUGUUGCGGAACAACUUACGAUCAUAGAGAAGGACGCACUCGACGAAGUAGACUGGAAGGAUCUCAUCUGUAUGCGCUGGCAGCAGUCGCCACCAAAUGCCCGUAAUUGGGUCCAGUACCUCAAGAAAGACGGCUCCACAGGCAUCGACAUUGUUGUGGCGCGCUUUAACCUCGUCGUCAAAUGGGUCGUCUCUGAGAUCGUGCUGACAGCGGCUCCAAGCGAACGAGCUCGGUCGAUCACGAAAUUCAUCCACAUCGCAACACACUGUCAUCGCUUCCGCAACUACGCGUCGUUGUAUCAGAUCACCCUUGCACUCCUCUCGGCAGAUCUCGCGCGCUUACAGACAACAUGGACGCUUGUAGCGCCGGCGGAGAAGCAGAAGCUCGACAAGCUUGAGAAACUCUGUCAACCUGUUCGCAACUUCCACAACCUUCGAGCCGAAAUGGAGGCGUCAUCGCUGGACAGCGGAUGCAUUCCAUUCAUUGGUCUGUACACGCACGAUCUCAUGUUCAACGCCCAGAAGCCGCCACGCAUUGAGCCAUUGCCUCCAAGCAAAGAGCCUCUGAUCAAUUUUGAGCGCUACCAAACCGCUGCCACGAUCGUCAAAAGCCUGUUGCGAUUGAUCGAAGCGAGCUCAAAGUACAUCUUCCAUCCUCACCCAGAGGUGCUGAGUCGGUGUCUAUGGCUUGCUGCGCUCGAAGACGUUGAGAUCACACGACGUAGCAAGACUUUGGAG